UGUUUAAGGUUCGGGCAAUUUUUGUCACUUUAUCUUUGCUAAAUAGUACAUUUAUUUGCCGCACAGAAAUUUUUUUGAAAUCGUUCAAUUUUCGUUCGCAAACAAUAAAAGAAAACCAACUCGAAAAUACUCCUCGUUUACCAAACUUUGAAAAAAUUAUGGACAUCGUCGUCAACAGCCCAAAUGUGAAAUAUUCCGAAAACUACAUCGAGUCCAACUAUGAGUACUUGUAUACCAAAGUCGAAAAAAGUGGGAGCAAAAUCGAGGUCACCCCCAUCACAGAACAUCUGGUUUUCCGUACCAACACGAAAGUGCCCCGGGUGGGGGUGAUGCUAGUGGGUUGGGGAGGCAACAACGGGAGCACAUUCACUGCUGCCAUUUUAGCCAAUAAAGAAGGAUUAUCGUGGACGACUAGAAGAGGGGUGCAGAAGGCGAACUGGUACGGAUCACUUACCCAGACGAGUACGGUAAGGCUGGGCAAUGAUGUUAAUAUCCAGUUGGGCAAGUUGUUGCCCACAGUGCAUCCGGAUGACUUGAUCAUUGACGGGUGGGACAUUAGUUCGGCCAACCUUGCCGAAUCUAUGGAGCGAGCACAGGUUCUAGAGCCUGGUUUGCAGCAGCAGUUGAAACCGAAGAUGACCCUAAUGAAACCGCGGCCGUCAAUCUACGAUCAAGAUUUCAUUGCAGCGAAUCAGGCCGCUCGUGCCGACAACGUCAUCAAAGGCACGAAACUCGAGCAAGUGCAGCAGAUCUGCAAAGACAUCGAAAGUUUCAAGAAGAAAACAAACGUCGAGAAGGUGAUUGUGUUAUGGACAGCGAACACCGAACGCUUCAGCGAUAUCUUAGAAGGCGUCAAUGACACAUACGCCAACUUGAAGCUGGCCAUCUCCUCGAACCACCCCGAAAUCUCGCCAUCGACCCUCUUCGCAUACGCUGCCAUUUCUACGAACUGCACUUACAUCAACGGUUCUCCUCAAAACACUUUCGUACCAGCGAUCAUCGAAAUGGCCGACAAGGCAAAUGUUUUCAUCGCAGGAGAUGAUUUCAAGUCGGGUCAGACUAAAAUCAAGAGCGUUUUGAUUGACUUCUUGGUGAGCGCUGGUAUUAAACCGACCAGUAUUGUUAGUUAUAAUCAUCUAGGGAACAAUGAUGGGAAAAAUCUCUCAGCACCAAAGCAGUUUAGAUCCAAAGAGAUUUCGAAGAGCAAUGUUGUUGACGACAUGGUGGAUUCCAAUGAGAUUCUGUAUAAGCCAGGAGAGAAACCCGAUCACGUGGUCGUCAUCAAAUAUGUACCGUAUGUUGGGGAUUCUAAACGCGCUCUUGACGAGUACACUUCAGAAAUCAUGAUGGGAGGCAUCAACACUAUAGUGGUCCAUAACACCUGUGAAGAUUCUCUUCUGGCGACCCCUAUUAUACUGGAUCUGAUUAUUCUAGCAGAGCUCUGCCAACGAAUCCAAGUGAAAAGGCAGAGCGACGACGAUACAGAAUACACCAGUUUCCAUAGCGUCCUUUCACUCCUCAGUUAUCUAUGUAAAGCACCCUUAGUUCCCCAAGGCACUCCGGUGGUUAACGCACUGUUUAAACAAAGAGCUUGCAUUGAGAAUGUCUUGAAAGCAUGCAUAGGUUUGCCGCCCGAUUCAAACAUGUUGUUGGAAUGUAAAGUGCCAUUUAUGAUGGGCGAUGACGUGAAUAGCGAGCCCCAUAAGAAAAAAUUAAAAAUUCAGAAUGGACGUCAUUAGUUGCAAUUUUAGUUGAUUAAUUUUGGAGUUGUUUGUUUUUUCCUUUGCUUUAAUUUGAACAUAUCGAAUCCGAUUUGUUGUCCAAAAUGUUAAUGUCUUAAGUGUUCUCUUUGACGUGGUUAAACUGAAUCUGAUAGGCUGUACACAACAGACUUAAGUAAUUUCUUUGAUUGUGAUAAUGAAAGUAUUUUACUUUUGUACCUCUCACAUUAAUAAAAAUCUGUUGCUUGAA